CUUUUACUGCCUUUUCCUUUCUCCCCUUUUACUCGUUGAUUUCUCCUUUUUCUGAAAAUAAAUAAUUUGAUUAUUUAUUCCUUUUGCCACUCCUUCUUUCUUCUUCUUUUUUAACAAACCAUGUCACCCACAGGAUAUAAUGCGCCUUAUGGUGGUGGAGGAGGACAGCAGUAUGGUUAUCAACCACCAGCUGACAACAAUUACUAUUAUAAUAAUGGAGGCUUUCAGAACAACAAUAAUAACAAUAGCAACUAUAACAACAAUGUUAAUAACGGUGGAGUGUCUGUCGGACGUCGUGCGACUACUCUAGGUCGAGCACCUACUCGACGUAUCGUUCCUGGCGCAAAUUCAAUCGCAAAUGCAAGUUCAAAUAUCCAAAGAGGCCGCACCCUGAUUCGCCCCGAUCGUUAUCAAGAACCACCACCUCUAUUGACUGGCAAACCAACAGCAAGUCGAAGUCUAUUUGAUCCUUGGGUCUUAUUCUCUCGUAUUGUCACCUUUUGGGCUUUACCGCCUAUGCUUAAGGCAUUCAAGAUGGGCGAUCCAGGUAUGCAGCAAGCCUGGAGAGAAAAAAUCACAUUGUGCUUCAUCAUCGCUUGUAUGGGUGGCUUUGUCGCUUUUAUUACCAUUGGCUUAAACUCUGUGCUUUGUCCACCAGAGGCUUCUCUCAAUACAUUAAAUUAUGCUUCCUACAAUGACACAGUAGGCGCAGGUAGCUUGAUCGGAAUCCUUGGCUGGCAAUUCAAUGUGUCAAGUGCAAAAUCAAGUCCUAGUUUUGACCCUUACAAAUAUGUUCAAGUGCCAGGUACCGAUGUCACCAACUUUUUCACCCACGGCUUAAAUAUACCCGAAUGCAUCAAUACUGGAAAUUCUAUCGCAUCUACUUUUUUAGCAGUUAACCUCAAUCCUUGUGCACCUGGAGGAAAUGCCUGUAUCGCUGGUGACUUAUCAGCAGCCACCUUGGCCACAUACGGCCUGGUCAAUAGCACAAAACAAGUCGGCUUUGAUUGGAAUCAGCUUGCCUCGGCCAAUCUCACCAACUUUUUCGUGAUUGAUGGUAAUGUGUUAAACAUGGAUCCUUAUAUUCAAACCUAUCCUACACCGCAACUUAAUGAUCCCUUGGAUGCGGUCAUUCGUACCAUCCUCAACAGUUCAUGGGCAGAAGGAGGACGAGAUGGCACCAAGAUGUUUUUCAGAAAGCCAGAGUAUAAAGCUGCUAUUAACUGUCUAGUGCAAAAGUACCGCGCAGGUCAUAUCGAUAAAAAGACAACAGGGUGUUUUGUUGCUUCCAUCAUUUUGAUUUGCUCUUUGGCCGUCGUAUUGGCUAUCGUCUUGGCUCGUUUCUUUAUGGCCUUGAUCUUUUCCUGGUUCGUCUCUCGCAAACUCUCUCGUACACCACCACCAGCACCUAGUUCAUCUCCAACGAUGCUCAAGAACGAGACUAUGGAAAUGGCCAACAUAAUGCAACAACGUAUGGAUUCUGGUAUCAGCAAUCUUCCCGCUGGAGCUGGCACAGGAAAAAAGGUGGAAGUGGGUAAUGAUCUGUAUACUGUAUUGUUAAUUACAUGUUACUCCGAAAACACCGAAGGUAUCCGCGGUACAGUCGAAUCACUCUCAAUGACAGAUUAUCCAGACGACCGUAAAUUGCUCUUUUUGAUCGCUGACGGUAUCAUCACUGGUCAUGGUGAAACAGUAUCUACGCCAGACAUGUGUUUGAGCUUGAUUACCUUUGACGACGAAUCCAUGAAGAAUCCUGAGCCCAUGGAGUACAUUGCUGUGGCUGUUGGUGCUAAGCAAUUCAACUGCGCCAAAGUCUAUGCUGGUCACUAUGUCUGUAAAGGUCACAAAGUUCCAAUGAUCCUCGUCGUCAAAUGCGGUAACCCUGACGAACAAGGAAAGCCUAAGCCUGGUAAUCGUGGUAAACGUGACUCUCAGCUUAUUUUGAUGAACUUUUUCAGCCGAGUCACCUAUAAUGACCGCAUGACGCCUUUGGAUUAUGAUCUGUUUAGAAAGAUUCAAUACCUUAUGGGUGUCACUCCAGACUACUUUGAACUUGUUUUGAUGGUGGAUGCUGAUACCAAAGUUUAUGCUAGUUCCAUGAGACUGCUUGUCAACUGUAUGGUAAACGAUAAUCUGAUUAUGGGCUUAUGUGGAGAAACCAAGAUCGCAAACAAACGAGACUCUUGGGUGACAGCUAUCCAAGUUUAUGAAUACUUUAUUUCCCAUCAUUUGGCUAAAGGCUUUGAAGCCAUCUUUGGUGGUGUCACUUGUUUACCUGGUUGUUUCUGUAUGUACCGACUGAAGGCACGCAAGGGUGAUGGUGAUUGGGUCCCUAUCAUUACUAAACCAGAAAUUGUGCAAGAAUACUCGUCUAAUACGAUUGACACGUUGCAUCAAAAGAACUUGCUUUUGCUUGGUGAAGAUCGUUUCUUGACUACACUCAUGCUUCGAAAUUUCCCCUUCCGUAAGAUGGUCUUUACUCCUCAAGCGAUCUGUAAGACAGUUGUUCCAGACGAAUUCAAAGUCUUGCUCUCUCAGCGUCGUCGAUGGAUCAAUUCUACAAUUCACAAUUUGUUCGAACUUGUUCUCGUACGUAACCUCUGUGGUACCUUUUGCUUCUCCAUGCAGUUUGUCGUCAUGAUGGAUUUAGUUGGUACAUUAACCUUACCUGUAGCUAUCGUCCUGACCGUCGUCUUGAUCGUCUCUAUGGCCCAGUCUCAAAUCACUAGCUUUUCUACGGCUGUUCCACUCAUCCUACUCAUCAUUGUGCUCUUCUCGCCUGCUCUUCUCAUCUUGAUCACUACUCGCAAGUGGGUCUAUUUACUCUGGAUGAUUGUCUACCUCUUUGCAUUGCCCGUCUGGAACUUUAUUCUGCCCGUAUAUGCUUUCUGGCACUUUGACGAUUUCUCUUGGGGUGAAACAAGAAAAGUCGAAGGUGAAGACGGCAAAGACGACCACUCCAAGAAAGAUGGUGUCUUUGAUCCGUCCAAGGUUCCUCUCAAGCGUUGGGAAGAUUAUGAACGUAAGCGUAUUCGAGCAGCCAAGCGAAAAGAACGAAAGGAAAGACAGAUGCGCGAGAUGGGUCCAGUUCAUCUGGUUCACUCGGUUGUGCCUUCAGAAGAAGACGAAGCUCGUCGUGGAUUAUUGACCAUUGAAGAUGAUGACACUGUGUCUCAAAUGUCUUAUCACACUGAUAUGUCAAAUAACCCACCACCCGCUCAUUAUUUUGAUCCUUCCAAAGAGGCUCCUGCAAAGGCAGGUUCAGGUUAUUACCCUACUUAUAGACCUCAGUCUAUGGCCCCCCAGGCAAUGGGUCACCAGCAAUCGCAACAACCACCUAUGCCUAGACACUAAAUAUACUCUCUUCUCAUAAAAUGUAAAAUUAAUAUUGUUAUUUCACGCAAUAUGUGCACAUAAAAGAACCCCCUCCCCCUUCAAUAAAGAUAGCAUUUUAUAUAUAUAUCAAUUUAAGAUCAAUGGCAAUUACUCUUUUCUUUAUUGACAACGUAUAACAAUACAUAAAUUGAGCUUCAUUUUUUUGAGGGGUAUAUAAAAAGAGGGAAAGAGACUCAUCCUUUCUUUCUUAUAAACUCUAUUUCACUCUUAUCAUCAUUUGUUGUCUGAAAUUAUCAU